UUGCUAUGUCCCCCCUCUCCUGCACCUGAAACUCGAAGUCAAGCUAUCAACCUACCCGCCUCGGAUUGGGUUGCCUCCUUUCCUUUGUAAAUUAGCCGAGUAGCUGAACUACUAUCCGGAAGGAACUGGCUUUUCAACUACUGAUCUGCCGCCAACUGACGCUACUGAGUCAAACUCCCGGUAAAGAUGCCCUUAGCUACUUUCCCUUCGAUCAUUCCCCGAACCCAAGAAAGAUUUAGCAUUAAAGGCUUUCUUCCCCCUACCAGAAAAGAUUUUACCGGGAGAUCCACUGCAACUAGAACUGGUCUGGUUCCCACCUUUCCUGCCUAGUCUAGUCGAACAUCUUCUGAACCCCGCCUCUUUCUUCGGUCGAGUUAUUCUCGUACCCCAAGUCCAAGUUCAUAUCCCCCUUUAAAGCAUCAAUCCGGGGUUCGGAUCGAAUUCUGUUGAGGUUGAUUUCAAUAUCCCUACCCGUGGAGUCCCCUUCACUCCUAUCCGGUUUAGUCGGUCAAGCUUAUCCCCCCUUGCCAUCUAUUCAUGCUUGGCACACUAAGAUAAGAGAGUAGGACAGGAGAAGAUUUAUUUUCUUCCAGAUUCCAAUAAAAGCCCAAAAAAGCCAUCUUUCGUGGGGUUGAUGUGUGGUUGCCUAUUGAUGGACUUUCUCGGGCCUUUUGGCGUAUCCUUCUUUGGUAGGUUUUUACUAGAAGAGGGAGUCGAGUCACAUAAGAAGCGAUUAUUCUUGUUGAGGACGCCUCCGCCCGUGGGCUUUGGAAAAGUCUUUUGUCGGAUAAGGUUCUUAAAGUAGCUGAUGAUAUCUCUUGUUCACUGUACGUACUGAAAAGAAAAACAGAAAGCCGUAGCCAAAUAGAUCUUGAUUGAAGAAAGGAGCGUAGUUAGAAAGGCAGAAAGACUCCUUUCAUCACCCAUCUUGGCCUUAUCUUUCUCUGAGCCGCGAAAGCGCUCUCUUCUCUCUCUUACUUAAUUAGUAGUUUGCUGUUCUAAGAAAGGUCUUGCUAUUCAACGAUGCGGCAAAUCAUCUAUUCCAUUAAAACUCACUUAACACUUUCUCAUUCACACCGCCCGACUAGUGCGCAAUAAAGACCAAGUCAAAGCGAUAGCACAGAAGGGAGCGGGCAAAGGCAUUGAGUUCGGCCUUUCAUCGUGAUGAGCCGAAAGAGAGACAGCUCGCUAAAACAACCGAUUACACGGCCGAGGUCACUGCAUGGACUGAUUCUUUUCAUUACUAAAAAGCUUCUGUGGCAUGGAUCCUGAGGAGGUUUUAUGAAUCUUAGUUUUCUUCUUUUCAAUUCAUUCUUUCGAGCAGCAGGAAGACCUGCAGUUGAGACCUGUGGCGCAGAGGUGCUUGAAGAAGCAAUCAGAACUAUGAAGCGUGGCUUAGAGGCGUGUUGGACGAUAAAAAACUCAUUAAACCAAUUGGCUUCAAUAAAAAAAAGAAGCUGGAUUGCUUCCUUCCGUUCUCUCUCUCACCCGAGAAAAGAAAGGCUCGCUUACCUUACUCUCGGCAGGAAAGGUCGUUGAAAGAUGGAAUGAAGAAAUUGACUACCAGAAGAAACCAAGACCAAUAGGAAGUACUUAUUCCCGAUAGAGCCUUAUAUGUAGACAGUCAAGCUCGUCUUCUUAUCUGGAUUCAUUGAGUCCUGCCAUUCAAUUCUAGGCUCAAAGAAGAGGUUUAUCCUGGCUGGGCUCAUAUCGGCUCAUUCAGUCGGAACUCGCUCUCCUUCCUUUUCAUUCGCUUCCUCUUGUCUUUUAGUCGAGUAGCUCUUCUCGGUUGCUCAACCGCUUCUCCUUGAUAAGGAAAGAAAGGAGAGGCUUAACGACGGGAUAGAAAAAAGGUAGAGGGAAGCAGAGCAACAAAAGGGGCCUAGAACUUGGGGACAACAAAAGAAAAGGAACGAAGUAGCUCGACUGUUAAGGUAGUUGACUUACUCACUCAAAAGAGUGAGGAGAGGAACGCGAAAGGGGUGGGGCCACGUGGUUAGCCCGUGAGGGUGAGGCUGACGAAGGAAGUCUUUCUUGGACAGAUGGCUUGGGGCCACUUAUCUUUCAAACUUUGCUUUGAUUGCAGUAAAAAAUCCUAGAGAGAGAGGCUUACUAUUACAUACACGUAUAAUAAUCUCAAUGGCAGCAGCUCAAUCACUUUCUUGAUGAAGAUAAAAAGAGAGUCAUUAAUCUAAAUGCCGUCCGGGUGAAUAUUCAAUCGCAGCAAAGAUCCCAGCUGGGGAUUCUCUAAUCUCUAAGAUUAAUAGUCAUACUAUGGCCUUCCCCACGAAAGAAGUUUUUUCAUUUCUUCUGUGAUGGAGAUAGCACGGGCUAGGGAUAGUUGCAGUGGAAGACCUUUUCUGGUAAUUUCAAAACGAAAGUAAAGCACUUCCUCUGACUAGUAAUGCAUGCUACCUUGACACCCGUCUUCAACCUAAUUUAGCAGUUUAUGACAAUUGCCCUAGAUGCAAGGACCCAAGCGAGGCUUUCUUCUUCUUCUUCUUGAGAGAGUGUUCACAGUAGAAUAAGGUCUGGAUGAAGUUUCUGCCCGAAAAAACUUUGUCAAUCAGCAACUUUCGGACUGGAUAAGUAGUAAGCUUGAUCAAGAAUUGAGUUCUCAUCAUGAUUCUCAAUGGAAACCCUCCAGUAUGAAGUUCAGCCCACUCCAAGCUUUGGCUUUGCUACCUACACCUAGUUUUGAAAGAGUUGUUUCCGAACGGUCUACUCAAACUCCCGCUUAAGCGAAGCUUAUGGGGUCGCGGAAAGAAUUGGGUUCGAGUCCCAUAGCCCCGAUGUGGCGAAAAAGACUGACUGAUUCAACAAGACAUCAUGCCUGCAUUAAGAUUUAAAACUUGCCGUCUACUUUUAGGAAACGUUCUAUUUAAAGAAAUAACACUAACGCAACGCCGCAUUCUCCGAAAUUUGAGAAUUCAGAAAAGAUCUAUUAAGAAAAAGAUUUAUCCGAUUUUUCUUAAUAGUAGCAGUUACAUCAAAUUACAAACAACACGCAAGUUGUCCCUUUUUUACGGGAAUUUACCCAUCACAAAGAUGCACAGAAGAACAAAACGAACUUCAUAUAUCCCUUUUCUACUUAAUCCAGAAAGAAGAUUGGACGUUAUUCUGGUUCGUCUCCAUUUUUGUGAAACUCUUCCUCAAGCAAGGCAGCCGAUAAGUCAUCGAAAGGUGUGUGUGAAUAAUUCCAUAGUCAACAUUAGUCAUUUUCAACUUUCCCCUGGUGAUAUAAUAUCUUUUCAAGAAGAUUACGCGAGAACCCACGGUGAAGACAUAAGGAGAUUUUUCUAUAUCAAAAUAUCAGUUGAGAAAAUCAUAGGAAAAUUAAGAAGGGUACGGAAAAGGGUAAAAAACAAGCGCCAAAUAAGCAAAACAGAAUGGCUCCGCCAAGUCAGAAUGUGGAGAAGAAGACAAAUAGAAUGGCUCCGCCGACUCAAAACUAAGAAGGGAUGCCUCCUACUACUAAAAGACAAAGUCCGGUUUUUGCAAGAGUUACAUUCUUCUAUGGUAGACUUUGAAAGUAUAAAGAAGAUUAGAUCAGUCCACUACUGCUGGAAAAUGAAGAGGAAUUUCAAUCACAUCUUAAGAGAUUAUGAGGGUGUACCUCACAUCGUGAACUUAUCCAUAAGGAGCGGAAGAUUAAUAAGUCAUGAAAUUCUAUUAAAAUAUGAUUUUUAUGAGGAGUUCUAUCCUCAUAUACUAAGGAGUAUGAAGGAGUUAUUCUUAAGGAAGAAGAGAAUGAAGAGAAGAAUCAAAAGGAUAGAACUACCUACUCAUUAUUCGGAGGUCAAUUAUAGAACACUAAAAGCUGUGGUAUCUUAUGGACCUAACAUAGAUCACAUCCCUCACGACAUAAGAUUGAAAGAUCCAAACCUACCUUAAGCUUCGCUUAAGCUACUACAUAACCUUACCCUAACGAGUAAGCAAAUAGGAAUUACCUGACUCUUUUGAGUCAGUAAGUAAACUACCUUUAUUAUUGUAAUAAGGUACUUCAUACCUCGGGAAACAUGGCCCAAUUUCUCUUCUUUCUUUUUGAUUUCGGGUUUCUUUAUUGCCCAGAACGCUAAAAGGUGGUCCAGAAGCUAGCCGAACCCGGGCGCAUAAGAAAUUCUCGGCGUCGAGAGAUCGUAAGUAACUCAGUGAAUGCUCUCCAAGAAGGGCUUGGUUUGGAAGAAGGAAAUGAAAUAUGAACAACCGCGCUGGUCGUAUGUAAUAGAUCGACUUUCCUGCUAGUUCUUACUCCAAAGCAGCAUGAAAGUUCCAUUUCAGUGAAGGACUACGUAUCAUGAUACUUUCUGUUUUGUCUAGCCUGGCUUUGGUCUCUGGUUUGAUGGUUGUACGUGCUAAAAAUCCGGUACAUUCCGUUUUGUUUUCCAUCCCAGUCUUUCGCAACACUUCAGGUUUACUUCUUUUGUUAGGUCUCGAUUUUUCCGCUAUGAUCUUCCCAGUAGUUUAUAUAGGAGCUAUA